AUGGAGGGCACCCAGACAGAAAACGAAAACCUGUACGAAAUAACCAAAUGGCAAAAAAGCCAGCUGCUUUUCUUCAAAAAAACAAUCAGCGACAUAAACAGCGCAGUCUUUGCGCCUUUCACACCAGACGAGUCGAGAGUAUUCGCUUUCGCAAUGACGUGUAUCACCUACGAUGUGCUAUGCAACAUUCUUUUCAAUGCAUUAAAAAUUAGCGUGAUUAACUAUGCAGUGAAUACAGCGCCUGACAUAGCAUUUAACACCGCUGACAUAGACCCCAUCUGGCUCUCUUUCAUUCUCCCUGCCAUAACAACAUACAUCAUUUUCACGGGAGCGAACAUACCAAGCUUUUUUUUCAUGGAGAGAAGAAUGAAUAAAUAUGACGUGUCCAAUGUCAUUGUGGGGGUGGGCAAGAUUAAGGAGCUGUCUCUAUUUUUGUCUUUGAUAGCUGUUGCGCCGCUGAUAGGCAUUCUUUUGAUCUUCCCUGCUGUAUCUUAUAUAUCCAGCAUCCACUACUAUGCUAGUAUUGGUAUGUACCUGCUCGGUCUUAGCCUGAUGUACUCAGAGUAUUCAAGCAUUACGUCAAACUCGCACAAAUACUUUGAAUUCAAAAGAAACCUUGGGAGCAUAGUUGCGUUCAUAGCCAAGCUAAUAUAUGCCAUAGCGGUUAUUGUGACAACAAUAUACAUUUUAUGCCCAAUGCUGGUGCUUUUGGCGACUUUUUUCUUUCACAUAGUGGACUUUAGUUUAAACCAAAAAAUAAACUAG